UAGCCCACCUGCUCGACCACGUCAUUUUCGCAAUGGCUGAAUCGAGCGAUGUCUCGGCUGUAAAAGUGUUUAAUUAUAUCAGUGGAAGUGGUGGAGUUUUAGAUUUAUUGAGCUUACUGAAACAUCCUUCGCCUUUGGCAAAGAAAUCCACAGUGAAUGAGGUGAUUUUAUGGUUCAAAACUCAGAAAGACAUCGACCCCAAUAAUAGAUUGGUUUUGGUAAAUAAUCAACGUGGUGAGGCUGUUGGCGUGCGAAUCGACUUAGCGAAACAAUUGUGUUUAAAAUACACCACCGAAGGGUCGUGUAAAUCACGAAGCAGAUGUAGAUUCUGGCACUUAUGCAAAGAGUUCCUUGAGGGAACUUGUAAAGGAAACUGUGGCCGAUCACAUGAUUUUCACGAUGAAGACAACAAAGCGAAAAUAGUGGAAUUGGGUUUUGCAGGAAAAGCGACUGGGCCUUUGAAAACUAUUGUUGCUGGAAGCUUCUUACAGGUUUGUCUCAUGUAUUCAAAAAAUGGAUGCGUCUCCCUAAAUUGUCCGUAUCUUCAUAUUUGUUUGAAUGCGGCGCGUUUAACAGCCUGUGACUGUUUUCUGUCUCACAAUUUCGCUGAUCCCCACAAUAGGAGCUUGCUACAACAGUAUGGAUACAAACCUCCCCGAACGUCAGAAAUGGAUGUCGUACGAUGUAACAUUCUGGUCCCUAAGCAGCAGAAAUCCUUUGAAGGAAGGGCUAUCGGUGACCCAAGCUUCAUUAACCAACCCACACCCAGGGGAAGUGAGCCUGGUAAUAUUACACAGAAGUUUCCCCCGCGUCCGAGUAGACCUGGAGCUGUUAGUCUGGCAGGUUUAUGCCAAAACUUUCCCAAAACUGAAUCCAAAGCACCUACUCAAUCUAAACCAGCAAUGCACCAUAUUGCUGUGCCUUCUAAUGAAGACCCUCUCUUUGUGAAAGUUUUUAAUUUCAUAUGUGCCAAGGGAGGUUACUCUUCAUUAGCAGACCUAUUGCAACACCCCUCUCCAUUGGCAAGGAAGUUUUCAACCUCUGAGGUCGAUGCAACGAUUUGGCUUCAAGUAAACACCCACUCAGAACAGGGACAGAAGAUCAUUUUGCUAGAGAACCAAAAUGGUAAUAUUCUUGGUGCUCGGGUGAAUUCUAGGAAAAAAAUGUGUUUGCAGUAUAUGAAGGGUUCUUGUAAAUCUCUCAACACUUGUCAGUAUUGGCACAUUUGCAAAGGUUAUCUUGAGGGAACUUGUCAGGGAGGCUGUGGUCUCUCACAUGACUUCCAUGAUGAGGGUAACAUCAAGAAGAUACAGAGAUUGGACAUCGAACAAUAUCCCAAUGGAACUCUGAGGAAAAUUAUCUCUCACAGUUUUCCCAGAAUUUGUUUGGCAUACUUGAACACUGAAUGCAUAUCCAGUCAUGACUGCCCACAUUUGCAUAUAUGCCCUCUUGCUUUUGGAGGAAACCCAUGCAGUUGUAACCUGUCACAUGCUAUAGAUGAUAACCAUAAUGCCACAAUUCUAAAGCAGUUUGAUUUAGAUCCUCCGCGAACCAAAUUAUACCUAAUGCAGUGCAACAUCUUGAUGCCAAAGAGGCAGAAAGGCCCAGCAGAAGGCAAGCUUGCCUCACGUCCAGCACCUUUGAUGUCCUUGCCUUUAGCCCAAAAAGAUGAUAACCUGGAUUCACAAGCCAAAGGGCUUCUAGAUAAGAAGGGAAAGCAGAGGAGAAGGCAGCGAACGAAGGCGAGAAAAAAGACAAAUCAAGCAAGCAAACCCAGUGAAGAAUCACUUGCAGAUGAUAUCGAAGAGGGAGGUUCAGAUUCAACCUCCGAUAAUGAAGAUUUGCCCGACAAACCUGAUCUUUACUCAGGAUCAAAAUUUUCGGCUCAGCCCAGACCAAGCACAAGGCAUGCUGAUGGUUCAGAGAAUCCAUCCUUUCAUUGUCAAAAGAAGCAGAUGCAAUCCGACAAUGGGUUGACUUACCAAGACCAGGUUUCUGAAAUGGGCAUAAGUGAAACUCCUGAAAAAAAUCUUAUUAAUUUUGAUGAGCUAGAAGACGAAUUGCAAGAUUUGGAAGAUCCAUUUGGUUCACUAGAUGACUUCUCAACUUUUGAGCCUCUUUCUCAAGUUGAUGAUUUGCUCUUUAACCUGUCCCCCACAAAUACUGCAGGAGCACUGUCUCAGGAGAGUACCUUUUUUGAUCCAUCUGACCAGGACAGCUCAGCAAGCAACCAAGAAAAACAAGCCGUAGACUCUGUUUUCCAGUACAUUUGUAAAGAACACAAUGGCGAGGCACCAUAUGAUGUAAUAUCCCAGUGCUACCACAUACUUCCACCAGAUGUUUUGGAUAUUUCUGCAUGGUUCAGAGAAAACUCAAACAGGUUUAUGAUCAUCGAGAACUGUGUGGGGGGAAUUGAAUUAGUAAGAGCACACACCUCUACAGCACGCAUCUGUUUUCGGUACUUGAUGAACAAGGCAGGCUGUAAGAAUCCAAAGUGCUUCCGUUACCAUGUCUGCAAGCAUUAUCUUGCUAACGGUGUCUGUCCUCUAGGAAAGAAAUGCAGGUACAGCCAGAGUCAUAAUCUCAAAAGCUCACACAACAAAAAAAUCACUAAACAACAGAAGCUAACCUGUUUCUCAGAAGAGCAGCUACGUGUCAUGAUUUCUGCAUCAGUCCCUGAUGUUUGUCUUGCUUACAACAAGAAAUCAGCCAGAUGUAAGAAAGGGCUACGGUGUCAAGCUGUUCAUGUCUGUAAGUAUUUUGUGAUGGGCAGUUGCAAGAAAGGAACCAGUUGCCCUCUUAGCCACGAGGCAAGUCUCAAAGAACCCCAUUCUCAGUUAGUUCUGGAGAAGUAUAAUUUGACCAAGGUUCCAGCCCAAGCUGUCUUAAGAGCCCUUCUGGUACGUGGGCAGCUGCUACCCUCAACAAUGGAAACUGCAGAGGAACACGAAACAGCUGGACAACCUAAAAAAGAAAGAGUCAUGAGUCCGAAGAGAGAGAUGCAAAACGUUCACAGCCCCCAGUACAUCUGCCUGGAGUUCCUAUUGGGUCAUUGUGGCAAGGCUCAAUUGUGUGACUACUGUCACCACAACAUGCCUUACCUAUGGCAGUAUAGAUACCCUGGCAACGAGCAAGCAGACAGUUGGAAGACAUUCACUGAAAACGAGUGUGAAGAAAUUGAGAGACAGUUCUGUAUUGUUGAUGUUACAGAGACUGAUGUCGAGCACAUUGUAGUUGCACCUCCUCCAACAGCACUUAUUGAUCCUGGAGAAGGUUACAUCAAGGUCAACUUUGAUGAAAUGAAAGCUGAGACAGGAGUUGGAUCUGUGGAGUUGAGACGUCUGUCUACUAAGUCAGUGGUCUUGUCUGCAGAUCAUGCUUUAUUGACUAAGUGGGUUUGGUACCUGUCAGAUCAGGACAGCUGUUGGACUGAGUACGAUUCUGAGCUUAUGACGCGAAUAGAAGACUCGUUUACCAAAGGAAGAUCAUUCCACAAAUUUAAAAGUGGAGGAGAGGAUCACAAGUUGUUUUUUCACAAAACCUCUAUGUACCAGCAGAGCACCAAACCACCCAUUAAAGAAACAAAAGUGAGACGAAGGCCUUUGUUUAGGUCCAAGUCGGAAAUAGAGAGGUUGAAGAGUCCCCUUGAACUACCAAUCCCUUUGCAACCUGUAACGCCAGUGCAGUCUACCUCAACUUCAUCACAUGGUCACACUCCUUCUCACUGGGAACAUGUUCCUGAAGACCUAGAUUUCAUGCGUGUCCCCCUGACCAGCAAAUCAGAUGAAUUCAAACUUGCUGAAAGUUUGUUUCGUCAAACUAUGUCCGAAAACAAGGCCUCUAUCAUCUCCAUUGAGCGAGUUCAAAAUCCGUUUUUGUGGAAGAAGUAUGCAGAUAAGAAAGAAUGGAUGAAGAAGAAGGCCUUAGUCAAAGACAACCCUAAACUUCUCUUCCACGGAGUUGAUCCCCAAGUUGUAGACACGAUGUGUGAGGAGAACAUCGACUGUCGCGCUCUAGGAGAGGACCGAGCUGCCCAGUUCGGUCAAGGAGCUUACUUCACAGAGGAGGCAGCCUUGAGUAAUCUCUACUGCAGGCAAGACUCAGAGUCCUUCCGUUACAUGUUUUUGUGCGAGGUUAUCGUGGGAUCAUUUGCCAAAGGUGAGCCAUCGUUGACGCGACCUCCUUUAAGGAGUGACUCCGAAGCCAAGAAACAGCGUUAUGACUCUUGUGUAGAUAACGUCACGAAGCCCACCAUUUUUGUGUUGUUUGCCUCGGAUCAAUAUUACCCGACUUUCUUGGUAAAGUUUAAGACCAAAUCUAAGUUGGUCUGUUGAUCGAUGAGAUACAUGUACUGUAUACAGACUUUAUAACGUAUACACGUUAAGAUACAAAAUAUCCAUUGUAAGGCUUGAAAAGCUGUGAAUGCUCAAACCAAAUGAGCGUAUCUCUUAAGUCAGCGUUAAAAUGGAGUUUUCGUUAGGUAAUUCUUGUUACGAAAACUCCAUUAAAAAAAUCAAAAAAUUAAAAUUGAAAUUUUAAGAGAAGAGUAAAAACAUAAUACAUAAAUCUUUUCCUUUUGCGGUGAGCUCGAAAGCAGCCAUUAUGAUAUUUCGAUUGAAAACAAUCAAUCAAUAUGCAGAAACACUCGAAAUAAUGACAAACGAAGCAAAGGUGGCUUUAAAUAUUUUACUAAUUUCAAGUUUUGCUAGAUAUUUCAUUGUAAGUGUUGACCAUUGAAAGCGGCGCUCUUUGGUUUGCAUCACAGCAGUAUAAGGUUAUCUGAAAGGGCUGGUUAUCUCAAAGACAGUUCUUAAUGCCUUGGAGUAUUAUCUUUUCAUUGUAGUCUCACUAUCGCUAUAGGAAACACUCAGAGAUCUUUAUCCUCUAAAAGUUUAUGCUCCCAAAUAACCAGCUUCAUACCCAUGUGAUGUAAACUAGCUUUUAUUUGUCCGUAGAAGUAAAUGGACGGAAGCAUUUCUAAGGGACGCCUUCGUUAUGGGAUGGCAACCUCACUCCCAGUUACCUUUAUUUUACCUAUUAUGGGAUAUUUCAGUGUUUGUUGAGGGAAGGUCCCGUUGCAUUUUUUCAUGCAACAACUGUAGGGUGUGGUAGUAAAACAGGACUAAGAAAGGUGUCAUUUGGGCCAAGGUCCUUGCUCACUUAUUGUAUCUCUUCAGUCGAUGAAACCAUUCACUGUGAAAUGUCCUCUGUAUGUGCGUAUGGCAGAUACCGACGUCAUCCUGGCGUUAAAUUUAACUCUCAGGAUCGUCCUCGACUGACAAGUUAAUCACUUUUCGUCAAAAAGCAGGCCUCGAUGUUGGAAAGUUGGCGAAAUUUGUGUCUUUUUCUGGUUAAACUGAUGACUGGAAAAAAAAAAAAACAAACAAACAAACAAAAAACAAAAGAUUAAAUGGUUCAAAUAGAAUCUGUCUAAAAUACCCCUCAUUGCAUGCAAUAUGAAAAAGAGACACCAUGAUAUUAUGUUGCACUUUAUUUCAUGAGUACGUAGGUCGGUCGAUUGGCCACUCUUUCGGAAAUUGCGAAGUAAUUUGUGGGAUUUCCCGUACAUCCCGACUUCACAUCGGAAACUGCAGAACCCUCAAUAUUACGAUUCACGAAGGCUCGUGCACAGUUUGCGAGGGCACAUUCGCUCAGAUUAUAUGAACUACCCUUUCUGUAACUUGCGAUUGUCACGAAAUACCGAGUUAUGUUUCGAUAGCAUUGCGUGGUUGGCGUUGUCGUUCCUUGUUACGAAGGUAUUUCAUGUAUCAAAGGGAGUUUUGAUCUUGAACUCUUCCAUUUUGCUCCAAAGGCUUGUUCACAUUUUAAAGUCAUCUUGAGGGCAUACACCGCUAAAUUGCGGGAGAAGUACAUUAAGGACGAAGAAAAGCAAAAAUCCUUGUUCUGUUUUUCAUGACCAUUGGAAAAUUCCUCAUAAAAUUCCGUGCAAUUUUUGCCCACGAUGUCAUGGUUGGCCCAAAAUGAAUCUUGCGACUGUCAACAUUUCUAGGGAAAACGUCAGUGUUCAUGAUUAGGUGAUUCGAUCCCCCCGACUAAAUCAGAGAACUUUGUCGCAAGUCGAAGAGGAAGUUAUGCUGCUCAUGAAAUGCCAUUUCAAGUUCACUCGUAAUGCUGUGUAAGAUUUUUCAGGCAUUUGAAUUAUCAAAACAUGGACAAGCAAAAUAUGUUAUGACAGAAAUUUCGCAAAAGAUAAAGGUUAAAAAAUAAAAAAAAUUCAAUUUUGUCUACUCAGUGACGACAAAUUGUUUCUUAAAAUCAAUUGUAGUACAAAUGGGAUUACGUUUGGUUGGCAAGGUAUGGAAUGUUUUGCACAGUAGACCAUUGGAUGUGUUUGGAUGUAUCAUGAGAGCCAUGCUUAGAAAAGGGUCUGUCUCCCCUAGGAAGGGCUUAGCUCAGCCUUUGUUACCCCGCGAAGUGGUACACAAACAUUGUGGAGAUGACAAUAGCAUUCAGUUAUCUAAUUUGGUCAAAACUUGGUUGUAUCAAGCCAGUUCAUUUCAUGUCCAAUUUGGAAGAAACUACAAAUGAAUAAAGGCUGAUAGUUUCGAAAGAAACUGUUUGGGGCUGCGUCGGUGGGAGUAACGAAAUAAU